CACUGAGAGGAAAGUGACAGAAGCUGUGCAGAGGGAGACGCAGAGAAAGCGCAGCGGCCGGCAGCCACACAGUCUCGGGGGAGCGCUCAGCUCCCCCACCCCCGGCUCCCACCCGGUCCGGGGGGCUCCUCCAGUCGGCAGCCCCACCCCUGGGCUCCCCAUGGAAGGCAGCUUUGCCCCGGGAGGAGCAGGAGGAGGAGUCGGCUAAAUGCCCACGGUGCGCCCAGGGCCCCUGAGCCCAGCCCGCUCUGCGCCGCAGCCCUAAGGCCCCCGCGCCCCCGACCCGGGACUGCGCCGCCUCCGCCCGCCCCUCCCCCGGGGCUUCGCCCGGGACCUGCCCCCCGCCCGCUCGCCCGCGCUCAGGCAGGAGCUCGGUGCUGGGCUCGCCGCCGCCCUGGAGUGAGGGAGCCCCGCCAAGGGGGUCCCGGAGCCGGCCGCGAUGGACGCUGUCUUGGAACCCUUCCCGGCCGACAGGCUGUUCCCCGGAUCCAGCUUCCUGGACUUGGGGGAUCUGAACGAAUCGGAUUUCCUCAACAAUGCGCACUUUCCGGAGCACCUGGACCACUUUGUGGAGAACAUGGAGGACUUCUCCAAUGACCUGUUCAGCAGUUUCUUUGAUGACCCUGUGCUGGACGAGAAGAGCCCCCUGCUGGACAUGGAACUGGACUCCCCGGCACCGGGCAUCCAGGCUGAGCACAGCUACUCCCUGAGUGGGGACUCGGCACCUCAGAGCCCCCUCGUGCCCAUUAAGAUGGAGGACACCACUCAGGAUGUGGAACAUGGAGCCUGGGCGCUGGGACACAAGCUGUGCUCCAUCAUGGUGAAGCAGGAGCAGAGCCCGGAGCUGCCCGUGGACCCCCUGGCUGCCUCCUCAGCCAUGGCCGCUGCUGCCGCCAUGGCCACCACCCCGCUGCUGGGCCUCAGCCCCCUGUCCAGGCUGCCCAUCCCCCACCAGGCCCCAGGAGAGAUGCCUCAGCUGCCAGUGAUCAAAGCAGAGCCCCAGGAGGCAAGCCAGUUCCUCAAAGUGACACCAGAGGACCUGGUUCAGAUGCCGCCGACGCCCCCCAGCAGCCACGGCAGUGACAGCGAUGGCUCCCAGAGUCCCCGCUCUUUGCCCCCCUCCAGUCCUGUCCGGCCCAUGGCCCGCUCCUCCACAGCCAUCUCCACCUCCCCCCUCCUCACCGCCCCACACAAGCUACAGGGGACAUCGGGACCACUGCUCCUGACAGAAGAGGAGAAGCGUACCCUAAUUGCUGAGGGCUAUCCCAUUCCCACGAAACUCCCCCUCACCAAAGCGGAGGAGAAAGCCUUGAAGAGGGUCCGGAGAAAAAUCAAGAACAAGAUCUCGGCCCAGGAGAGCCGCCGUAAGAAGAAGGAAUACGUGGAGUGUCUAGAAAAGAAGGUGGAGACAUUUACAUCAGAGAACAACGAACUGUGGAAGAAGGUGGAGACCCUGGAGAAUGCCAACAGGACCCUGCUCCAGCAGCUGCAGAAACUCCAGACUCUGGUCACCAGCAAGAUCUCCAGACCUUACAAGAUGGCCGCCACCCAGACGGGGACCUGCCUCAUGGUGGCGGCCCUGUGCUUCGUUCUGGUGCUGGGCUCCCUCGUGCCCUGCCUUCCUGAGUUCUCCUCCAGCUCCCAGACUGUGAAGGAGGACCCUGUGGCCACUGAGAGCGCCUACACGGCCAGUCAAAUGCCCUCCCGGAGCCUCCUGUUCUACGAUGAGGGGGCCGGCUCGUGGGAGGACAGCCGCGCCCUGCUGCCCGUGGAACCCCCAGAAGGCUGGGAGAUCAAGCCAGGGGGGCCGGUGGAGCAGCGGCCCCAGGACCACCUGCAGCACGACCAUCUGGACAGCACCCACGAGACCACCAAGUACCUGAGCGAGGCCUGGCCGGGGGACGUCAGUGGCAACGGCACCAGCCCCAACUUCUCCCACCCAAAGGAGUGGUUCCACGACAGGGAUCUGGGCCCCAACACCACCAUCAAACUCUCCUAGGCCGACCCCAGAACCAGGACACAGGACGGACCCCCUGGCACCCAGAAGAGGAGUUCUCUUGCUCACCAGCCCGGAUCCAGCUCGCACCCCCGCCCAUCCCAGGAGAAGGGGUUCCACCUCUCCUGGCGCUCUCCGGCCACAGCCAAGCCAUGGCUGGGGCCUCUCUGCACCCCCUGACAUUUGGACUACCCCCUUGGGCCAACCACUCUAUUGUCACUUCUUCCUCACACAAACAUCCGUCCUUCUCAGAUAAACCACUCACUGGGCCACACCUCCUCCCUCCUCCCUCCUCCCACACGACCACUGCCUCCCUGUCCCCCUGCCUCCCUGUCCCCCUGCCUCCCUGUCCCCCUACACACACACCACACGCAGACCCCCCCACGCCCCACCCCACCUCCCACUGUACAGAGACCAAGAACAGAAAUUGUUUGUAAAUAAUGAACCUUAUUUUUUAUUAUUACCCGUCCCCUAAGAUAUUGUAUUUUACAAAUCUCCCUCCUCCCUUGUCCCUUCCCUUGUUUUAUAUUUUAUGAAGUUAGUGCGGGCUUUGCUACUCCCUGGCCGGGGACAGAGGGACUCCCCCACCCUCCCCCGGCCUCCCCCCGCCGCUGCCCAAGCCGCUGGGCCUUUUUAACUGCCAAACUGCUCUCCCCACCAGCUCAGCACAUGCUUGAAGAAGGCAAAAUUAAAAAAAUAAAAAAAGAUGCAGCAUCAA